ACUUUCCCAUUAGUCCAAUCAUAUGUUAAAGCAACAUUGGUUUUGCAUUUUUUUUGUAUUUCAUUAACUGGUUAAGUUAAUUGUUAACCAUGACUAUUUAUCAGUCAUUUAAUUUUAUCAACAAAUUAGUGACCAAAAGUCCUGUUAUUUAUCAGGUUAGAUGGAGUGUUUGGCCACCAAUGUAUGUUCGACCGAUUCCCAGGAGAGAGAAUCAACUGAAGCUCAUCAACGAGGAACCUGAUAAAUUUAAAGAAUUGACUUUUUCUCCGAUCAUUGCUGCUCCAAAUGAUCACAAUGCUUCCAAUUUUUAUGACCCAUUUCUCAGACGAUUUGUUAAUGUUGUGCAUCGUAGUGGACGAAAGGCUGAAUACGAGGAUAUGAUUCGCGAGGUGAUGUAUCUAAUCAAGAAAAAACAACUGGCUGAAUGGAGAGCUGCCGAUACUCCAGAAAAGAAGGCUAAAUUUGAAUUGGAUCCUCUUGUUUUGAUGAAAAAAGCCGUUGCCAAUGUUAAACCAGUCGUCAUCACUAAGUAUAUACCCAAGGGUGGUGUUACAUAUUCAGUUCCCUUUCCUGUGUUAGAUAAAACAUCGGAAUAUAUUGGAAUGAAAUGGAUUAAUCGAGCAGCUCAUGAUCAUCCCAAACCAUGGAGAGCGAUUCAUGUUCCAGCUCUAGUUAGAGAAUUCAUUUUUGCCUUUAACGGCGAAGGUAAAGCUAUCAAACAAAAAUAUGAUCUCCACAAACUUGCGGAAACCAACAAGGCAUAUGCCCAUUACAGAUGGGAUUAGAAUUUUGUUUAAAAUAUUUUUAGUGUAAAUAUGUGUAGUUAAAUAUAAUCUAUUAUGUAUCGUCCACACGUUGAACUUUGUAUCUAACUCUUUCGGUUCUGCUCAAGCAAUUCAUAUUAUGUAUUCAGAUUUCAGAGAAGAGGAGAAGAGUAACUGGAAUUAUUUCAAAAAUUCACUGGUUAAAUAAUCUUUAAGUAAAUCAUUGAAGUUCAAGUUAA